CUGUUUCCAACAUGGCGCGGGGGAGGUCCUGUUGCCCAGGGGCUCGACUUUAGAUAAGCGCAUUUAGCCACUUUUACUAAACUUUGUAAUCGUCUCACAGCUGAAAAUCGCGCUCUGGUGAGUUUAUGGACUCGGGUGCUUGACGGAAUCAACAUUAUAUACCAGUUCUGAUGCUCUGCCGCAGCCAUGUUCACCAAGAAGAAAAAGCAGCGCAUUCAGAUCUCAGCUCCCUCUAACUUUGAGCACCGUGUGCACACUGACUUUGAUGAGCAGGAGCAGAAGUUUGUGGGGCUUCCUCGUCAAUGGCAGAGCCUCAUCGAAGACACAGCCAAAAGGCCCAAGCCCUUUAUUGAUGCCACAGUCAUUACCACUGUGGAGCCUCGCAAGGCAAUAGUACGAGGCAGUAAGAUAGGGGUGGAUGGCUCUCUGACGUGGCUCCUGGAUGAGUUUGAAACCAUGUCAGUGAUCCGUUCAAACUCCCUGCGACGGGGCAGUCCUCCCACACAGCCUCGUAGUGACUCGAGCUCCUCUGGGAUGCAGGAGAACGGGGAGUACGCUCACCGGCACUAUGAGCAUGCAGGCGAGACGAAAGACAGAGAGAAAACACGUCCUGAUUCCCAUAGACCAGCCAGAGGCCACAGAGAAGAUGGGAGACCGAUGCAGCCCCAUGGCCAAGAGCCAAGCAGGCACAAAGAGCAAGAACGACCCCCUGGACCUCCAGCUCCACCUCACAGAGAGCGAGACAGAGAUCGUGACCACAACAACCCAGUGGUCUGGAGGGAAGUGUCUAAUGACAAACGGCCAAAAUCGAGCUAUACAGGUCAGGACGAAAGUCCGCAGUCCCCGCGAGACAAGAGACCUCUCUCUGGACCGAAUGUUCAAACCCCCAAUCUGCCUGUUACAGAGGGGGUGAUGAAGACAGCACAGCAAACCCGGCCAUUUAACACUUACCCCCGCACUGAAAGUGGCUCAGCAAGAAAUCCUAGCAGUCAGGACCUGAAACCAGGCAGAACUCAGGAUCCUCCCCCAAAUGGCCCAUCCAGCGGUUCAAGCCGAAGUGGGAACAGUGGGGGUAAGGGCUCUUCCCUGCAGCAUCAUGCUUCUCACCCUGCUUUGGGUCCAGAGCCCCCCCACAACCAGCAAUUUCCACCAGCCUCUCGACCCCCUGCGCCCCCUGGACCACCCCAGCAACCUCAGCGUGUUUCUCACGAGCAGUUCCGUGCUGCAUUGCAGAUGGUGGUGGAUCCUGGUGACCCUCGCACCUACCUGGAUCACUACAUCAAAAUUGGCGAGGGCUCUACCGGUAUUGUGUGUAUUGCAACAGUUAAGAGUACGGGCAAACUGGUGGCUGUGAAAAAAAUGGAUCUACGCAAACAACAGCGACGAGAGUUGCUCUUUAAUGAGGUUGUGAUCAUGCGAGACUAUCACCAUGAGAAUGUUGUGGACAUGUACAACAGUUACUUAGUUGGUGAUGAGCUCUGGGUUGUCAUGGAGUUUCUUGAAGGUGGAGCGCUUACUGACAUAGUGACACAUACAAGGAUGAAUGAAGAGCAGAUUGCCACAGUGUGCCUGUCUGUCCUUAAGGCUCUGUCAGUGUUGCACGCUCAGGGUGUCAUCCACAGAGACAUUAAAAGUGACUCUAUUCUACUUACUCACGAUGGCAGAAUAAAGCUGUCUGACUUUGGCUUCUGUGCCCAAGUUUCAAAAGAGGUUCAACGAAGAAAGUCGUUAGUUGGAACGCCAUAUUGGAUGGCACCUGAGCUCAUCUCAAGACUGCCAUAUGGACCAGAGGUGGAUAUUUGGUCACUUGGUAUUAUGGUCAUUGAAAUGGUCGAUGGUGAGCCUCCAUAUUUUAAUGAACCUCCACUCAAAGCAAUGAAGAUGAUUCGAGACAACUUACCACCCAAACUGAAGAACCUUCACAAAGUUUCUCCACUUCUUAAGGGUUUCUUGGACAGAAUGCUUGUUCGGGACCCUGCCCAGAGGGCCACAGCCCAGGAGCUGCUCAAGCAUCCAUUCCUCUCUAAAUCUGGCCCCCCUUCUUGUAUCGUUCCCCUCAUGAGGCAAAACCGCAUGAGAUGAGUGCAAGAGGGGGCAUCCAUUUCACCAGGACCCUCUGCUAUCUCAAAGCACAGCCAUUGAGACAGGAGGCCUGCAGAAAGGAGCAGCUUUGUGCACUUCAAGUUUUAGAUCAAGUGUUUGAAAAAACCAGACUUGCCUCCAAAUCCUAUAAACACUGCUGUUGGCUUGAGCUGAGGCCUUUGGAAAGGACUAAACCAAAAUAAGCCCUGCAAAGACAACACUGAUGAUUUUACUGAUGAGAAGUCAGUGUCCUCUUUUUCUUAGGAGGGGUUUUGGAUUAUUUUGCAAUUUAAAUCAUCUCUCACCGGCUUUGAUUCUGGAUAAAACAAUUAAACUCUGACUUAAAAUUGUUUAACAUCAGAGUUUUUGGAGCCGCCGUUUCACCUCCCAUCAUGGAAGCGCUGCUCUGUAUCUAAACUCAAAGUUCACCUCCUGCACCAUAACCACUUUCUGACUUCUGGUCAAUUUAAAGAGGAAAAUAACUACUGAAGAGCUAUAUUUUAUUUUAUCAAAAUAGAAAAAAAAAACACUAGGCUCCUGUUACAACACUAGACUAGGUAAACACUGGACGUGUACUCUUAAUUCAGACCUUUUCCAAGUUUUUGGGUGUUUGAUGAAACAUAGUCCCAUGUAAUUUUAAUUUUAACUGUUCUAGGUUUGAAGCUACACUCCUGCUCAUUUUUUAAUCCAACUUAGGAAAAAAAAAAGUUUUCUCUUUCAAACAAAGAAAUAUUGGCAGAUAUAUAAAGGGAUCUACCGUGUAGCUCAGCAUGCAUCAAGAUGUGAACUUUGCAAGUGAAACAUCCUCAACUUAUGUGAACGUAUAUCUUAGGCCUGGGUGUCAGAUUAGGGCAGAGCAGGUGGUGCUUAUUGAAGGCUUUGGUAAUUAGAAGAUGAAUUGAAUCAAAUUGUGUAGCACUCUACUUCUGCUUCAGUCCCACCUUGCUAGGGAUAAGUUUGUUAUACUUGAUACUUCCCUAAAUUAUAUUGUUCACCAGCUGUUCCUGUGUCCUGGUGCAUAUAAACAAUAAGUCAUAGCUACAUGCAUAUAUAUGCUAGUAUGUCCUAUUUUGUCGCAGGGCUCUAAGUAACUGUGCCUUUAUCCUCUGUUCCUGAGGUCCUGGAGCUGGAAGCACAUUAGCUUGCACUGAAACAGCAACCAAAGAUGCGACACUAAGAGUGAGAACUGAGGGAAAGCGACUUUGCUCCACAAAGCAGAUUCUUUUUCCAUUACACCUUCAAGUUAAGCCUUCAAGUUGAGGACUGGGUAGACCUUUACAAUCAAAUUGAUCUAUUCUGAAGGUUGUGUAUGUCAUUUUUGGGUGUAAGUAAGUUCACGGUGUCAGAGGUUUAAUGAAAUAUUUCAAACAUCAUCUGUAGAAAGUAGGAAGGCUGGAAGAAGUAGCAUUUUAAUGUACAUAAUUUGUAAGGGAUAUAUGUAUGUAUGUAUCUCAAAUCUUACCAGAUGCCUUAACAUCUCUCGUUCUAAUUGUAGUUAAAAAUUCAUGGGGGAAAAAAAUCAACCCAUAAAUAGAUCUAGAAAAGUGUUUUUGUUUUUUGUUUUUUUUUAACUAAUAAUACUUAACAGUGGCUUUUAUGUCUCACAGUUGACUCCAGUUUUUUGGAGGUGGAACUAAAAGACAAUCAAAAAAUUGAGUAACAGACAAAUUCAUUACAUUUUAAUGUAGACUUACUUAGGUCUAUAUACGGAUGCUUCUUCAGUGACCAAAUAGCAUACGUAAAGUCACAAGACUUUUUUUAAAAAUGGGAAUUGAUUAUAUUAAGGGCACAGAAACAGGUGUAGAUGGGUAAAUCCAGGAUUAAUUACCAUUCCUCUAUAACAAAUGGCCUGCAUUUAAAUCUUUCACACUACUCUGUGGCAUGUAAAGAUAUCGGUCUGCUCCGCAUAAGGACCGAGUUUUGAUUAAAAAAAAGUCUCUAGCAUAAAGAUCUUUAUUUAACAUACCUGUAAAAUGUUCACACUGAUGAUGUCAGGGCAUGUCCUAAAAAACACGAGCCUUACUUUGCUGUUAAAUGGGUGAUACUGUACUGUGAGCAAUAUGGCUAAAUGUACAGAUAAUAUAUAUUUGUGUUGGGAAACGUACCUUUGUCUGUCUCCCAUUUGCAUGCUCAUUCUCAGUUUGUAAAAUUUGCUGGUGUUCACUAAUGAGGUACAUUUCUAAAUCUUGAAGAUGCACUAAUGAGUUUUUACACUAAUGCCAUUAUUUCAGUCCUCUGUUUGCUAAUGUUAUAAAUGAAAUAACAGUAGAAAUGCCUCAUGUUCACAGUAUACUUUCACUAACUGUGGAAUGUCUCAUAUCGGCGCUGGAUUUUCUGAUAUCAGUGUGUUUAUUUAAACUGGAUAUAUAUUGAAUCGGAUAUGGUACUGAUACCAUUGUUCAUUAUGAUUUUUUUUCCUUUCAAAUGUGUGUUUGUUUUUUCCCUUUUUUGUUGUUUUUUUUUUUUGUCUUGUAAAUUUUUUGGUAGUCCCGUUAAUGAGCCGUUCUUGUUCGUACAGCGGCUGCAUCACUACAUUCUAAAACCAUCAUCUAUGUUUGAGUGUGUUUUAAAGCAAUAUUUGUAGUUCUAAUAUUUUGUUGUAGGUUAUACUUUAAACAAUCAGUCUGUUUUCUGAAAUAUUUUGAAAUGAUUGAAUACACGAUUAAUAGCAUGUAAACAAUGAUUUAAACAUUUUUCCCCCUUAAACACAAGCUCUGAUUCCUGUCUGGACUGUGACUACUACUGACUGGCCUGCUUGUGUUUGUGUAUCAGUGAGUUCAGUCCUCUCGUGUUAACGGUGUUCAUGCAGAAAGGUUACUAAGGUUUGACAGACACCUGAUUUCAGUUCCCUUUGUAUUUUUAUUUGUUAAAAUGUAUUUUGCCGUUUCUUGUUUUUUUUUGUUUUUUUUUGU